AUGGAGUCUGGCGGCAUGGGCGAAGGAUGGGGUGAUUUCUUCGCAACGGCCAUCCGCCUCAAGCCAAACGACAACCGUAAUGCAAACUAUGUCCACGGCGAAUGGGUCAAUAACAGCCCCAAGGGUAACAGACUGUACCCUUAUUCCACUAACCUUCAGACCAACCCAUUGGUCUACACAUCCUGUAAUAAGUACAAUGAAGUGCAUGCCAUCGGAACCGUAUGGUGCUCUAUUCUCUACGAGGUGUUAUGGAACUUGAUCGAUAAGCACGGCAAGAAUGACGGACCCACGCCCGUGUUUGAGAACGGCGUCCCCAAUGAUGGCAAAUACCUUGCCAUGAAGCUCGUGCUCGAUGGAAUGGCAAUUCAACCAUGCAAACCAACUUUCGUACAGGCUCGCGACGCCAUUAUCGAUGCCGAUAUGAACCUCACCAAGGGCUCUAACAAGUGUGAGCUCUGGAAGGCCUUUGCUAAGCGUGGAUUGGGCGUUGGUGCCAAAUACGAUCCCAAGAACCGAACUGGUAGCAAGGCCGUUCCCAAGGAGUGCCAGUAG